AGGCCUACGUUGGGGCCUACUUGUAUAGUGCUGUGGCCUCCUCUUUACCUCAGAAGAUAGGCAGAGCCACACCAGAACAGUGGGGUAGGUGGUGCAUUCUUCCAUGGUGGACUUUACUUGUGGGUCGCUUGUCCAAAAUCCAGUCACCACUGUCAUAAAAACAUGGCAGUUUCCAACAGGCAGGAGCCAACUUCAUUAUCAUUAUAACCAUUCCUGUGUAAACUGUUUUGAUGCAGUUGUCACCAUAACAAAAACAAAGCUAUCUUUUUAGAAAGAACUCUCUGCCUCAAAGCAGGUAGUCAGGUUGACAAGGGAAAGGGAAGGGAGUUACUACAGCAGGAGUCCCCUGUACAGCAUAUGCAUCCCCAUGCAAACAGUCAAAACUCCGUAGGCCUCUCCUGUUUUGCAUGAAUAAGGCAAAUCAGCAGCAGCAGCUGCGUUCUUUCCUGCAGCUUAAAGGACAAGAAAAAGUAGAUGCUGCUGGGGGUGCUGACAGGGAAAGGUGAGUACUGAGUGAGCUGGAGGAGGAGGAUCUCCUUGGCUGGUUGUAGUAGCUGUUGCAACUGCUACAGUCAUGCAGAAGCUUCUUGACACACAGUGCCUCUCACAACAUGGUCUUAUCUGCAGUGGCCUUAAGUCCAACUCUGUCCACAUCACCCUGCCCCAGCCUUGCCCCAGUGCAGCUACAUAAAAGAAAAAGAAUAGGGAUGUGGCUAGUGCCAACAGAUGCUGAAUAGAAAGGUGAUGAUGACUCGCAUUGCUUGUCAUGGAUGCUUGUGCUAAAGCCCCGAUUGGUAACUCAUUCUUAAUGCGCUGUCUUUUGGCCUGAGUAAAAGUUGAAGGACCAGCAGUGCAGAUUCUCUCUCACACACACACCAGCCAAAAUGCAAGGAAAGGGUUCUUUAAACCCCUCCCUCCGUCCCCCCCCACUGCCAAGUCAAUAGGAGAGCGCCAUAUGAGCACCUCAGCUGCUUGCUGUGGCUUGGCUUGCAGAUUGCAAUGAGCAUUUGAGGUGCAAAACAGGAAAGUUGCUAUUCACACAGUGAGAGAUGGGGUUAAAAAGCCCUUUGCUUGGAUUCCAGUUUGGGAGAGGAGGUGGCUGGUGUGCAUUGCAACUAAUGGUGUGUGUGUGUAAGUGAGCAAGGAUUGGAAGCUAUGCUGAUGGCCAGAUGGGAAAUCAGGGGGGAGGGGGGAGAACUUCCAGCUGCCAAUAUCUAUCUAUGCUAAAAUAUCAGUAAUCUUUUCAUCCCCACCCUCUAGGAAAAUCAGACUGGCAGUCUUACAAAUGCUGGAUCUCUACACUUAAUAAACCAUUAUCUUUUAAAUUGCUUGCCUUGACCAAGUAAACUAAUUUCAUAUUUCCCAGUCCAGAGGCAAGCUUACUAUCAUCUUGUUUUAUGCGAGCUUCUAGAGGUAUUGAAAUUCCACUUUGAAAAUUAAUCUGCAUGCAUUUAUUAAUUUGCAGAAGUUACCUCCUGAUGAAAGGAGGCAAACAUUAAUUUCCUUGGGAAUGGGGGAGAGAAUGGGGAGUGAAUACAUGUGUGUAAGUUGAAAUGCCAGUGCUCUGAGUCAAUUAUGUUUUUGUCCAUUUCUAUCGCUUGUCAAAAUCACAUUUGGCCAUUAUACUAGUAAACAAAACCAGUUAUCAAUUGGCUGAAUUGCUGUUUUCCAUAACAGUACAAAGAGUUUUAUCUCCCUCUUCCCCCAAGGCGAAGGUUUGACAUCAGUUAUACUUUGAAAUUAUAGAAUAUUUUCAUGAAAGUUGGGGUAGAAUAGAGAUGGUACAGAAUACAAGCUCUAGCUUGUGUUUUGAAGAAGCAGGAGCCAAAUAUUUACUGUAGGUCUAAGAGCUUGACUAAUGAAACCUGCUAUCCUAUCCUGUACUCACUUUCCUGGGAGCAAGCCAUAUUGGACGCAGCGGGGCUUACUUCCACGUUGACGUAAGAACGUGCUACACAAGAGCCAUCGUGAUGACAAUUUGGUAUCUACAUAAAUUUGGAGGGGGAAGGGAGGGAAUAGGCUACGGCACAUUCUUGACCAGUGACUACGAUGGCGGAGGCUGAUUAGAGUUUGAGUCCAAUAAUGUUGGAGGACACCAGGUUCCCCUACUGUGCUUUAGAUAGGGUGUCAGUGAGAGGAGAACCAGGAUACUCAGUCCCAGUUUCCUCGCCGGACCCGCAAACAAGACGCAAGCCGGAAGUCACCGCGGAAACCAACAAAACAGUUGCGGGGGGGGGGGUGUUCACCUUCCGAGUCUGAGGAGUUACGGCCAAGACAUAGGAGGCCAACCCGAGCGUAUACUUUUUUCCGUACGCCGUGUCGCACCCACUUCCCCUCGGCGGCGAGCCCCUUGCCUGACUGGGCCUGAGAUCAGAUGGCUCACAGCCAGGCGAGGAAAAGGUCUCAGAGAAGGAGCCAAAGCGGUUCUCGGAGCAGGCGAGAUGUGGAGGAGGAGGAAAAGAGGAGGAGGAAAAGCAGCCGAGAUUCACGGGGCAGGAGGAGCCCAUCUCCUGCCAGCAAAAGGGGACCCGGAUCCCCAAGAGUCCAGCUGGGCUCAGCCUCCACCAAAGAAGUGAAAAAGAAGAAGAAGGAGAAGAAGAGGAGGAAGAGGAGGAGAGCCGCCAGCAGCAGCUCUUCCGCCUCUUCCUCCUCCUCCGAGACCAGCUCCUCGUCUUCCAGAUCGUCCUCCUCUUCUGACUCCUCUCCGGAAGCGUCGGGCGACGAUGGAUCCAGACCCAAAAGGAGGAAGCAGAGCAAGAAGAAGCUAAGCAAAGAGAAAGAUAAAAAGCAAAAGAGGAGGAGGAGGAGGAGGAGGAAGAAUAAAACCAAGAAGAAAGCAAAGAAGCGGCCCAAGGAGAGGGCGAAAGAGGGGGAAGCGAAGGAGGCGCUGCCUGGCCCUUCCCUGGACCUGCGGCAGAAAGAGGCGCUGGGAGAUCCUGGGCCAGUCCUGACAGAUGAGCAGAAGUCCCGCAUCCAGGCCAUGAAGCCGAUGACAAAAGAAGAGUGGGAUGCCCGGCAGAGCGUUAUCAGGAGAGUCGUCGACCCUGAAACGGGAAGAUUGAGGCUUAUUAAAGGUGAUGGCGAGGUUCUUGAGGAGAUCGUUACUAAGGAGCGGCAUAAAGAAAUUAACAAGCAAGCCACUCGGGGAGAUGGCCUUUCCUUCCAGGUGAGGACGGGGACGCUACGGCAGUAACAGGAUGCUUUGCUCCGGUGGGAUGCCUUCCCAGCUGCAGCAGCUUUGCCAAAACCAGACACAUGCUCUCCCUUUUUGUCCCCAUGAAAUAUGCAUGCCGCCGGUGCCAUCAGGAGAGAGAACAGCUGGAGCAAAGUGCUCUGACCUGCAGCUGCUGCCCAAACUGGUCACCUUCCAGUGCAAGUCCUUCUGUUUUGCAGCAGGGCUCCCCUGUUCCCUUGCUCAGAGAUCCCCCGCAAAGCUCUCUGAUGGCUGCCUUCAGCUUGUCUCCUCAUCUAGGCCACCCUCCCUUCCUUGUGAAAAGCAGUAAAAAGGAAGCGAGCGAACAGAGGAGAACGACCCAGGCAACAGCGAAAGCAGCGACAGAUUCUGGAAGCAAAUCCUGCAGAGAUCCUGUACCUCUCCCGCCUCCUUCUCCACGGCAGGUGGACAAAGUACAGUGCCUGUCCCAGGGAUGGAGGCUCUCAAUUUUGAUUCUGCUGGCCUCCAUCCCACAGGGGAGGAGGAGACUCUUUAAAGACAAGCCCAGCAACUUUCCAGCAGGCUUUGCCGUGGCUGGGCUCUGAAAGCUCAGCAGGGAGGGGCAGGGAUGGGGAAUACAUUGCUGUGGAACUCUGCCUCUGUGGGCCUAAGAGAACAGCAGAAGCUCCACCAGCGGCAACCUUUCUGCUCCCCCAAGUCCUGGGGCGUUUCAGGCUCACGGGUCCUGCUGGGGAGGGUUAGAGCAGCGUGUGGGCAUGCAGGCCCACCCUGGCUGUGCCCCCACCUCUCGCAGCUGGCUUGGCAGAGUGGCAGGUCCAGCCAACUUUCCCUGCUGCCUCAGCCGCUCUCUUUCUGUAGCCUGACACAACUUAGCCUCUGCCUCAAAGGAGGGGGCUCCACAGCAAUGAGACCUGGAUUGCCCUUCAGGCUAUUCUGGCUUCGGCUGUGGUUUCACAUGCUUGUAGCCUCCCUAAUAUAUGACUAGGGAUACAGUGAGACCCUCCUUGCCUCCAGAGUAGAAGGUUAACCUCUGCCUGCCCCAGCUUGAUAUUAUGCAUUAGGCUCUGGAUUUCUGCAAGGUGCUGAUACCUGUUGUAUUAACAGAACAGCCAAAGCCUUAGCAAUCAAAGGGCUCCUUCACUCAAGUUUUGUUUCCAUAAUACAGCUUUGUAGUUGGCAAGCAUGGUCCACUAGGGGGAGAGGGUUUCUGCCAUCCUUUCAGGGGUGAGCCAAACCACCGCACCCCACUUUGCCUUAUUUCCAGGCUCCAUUUGGGCAGAAUUUUUCUUUGGGUGAACCUACGUAUAGCAGAGUUUUUCAGCCCAGAUGCCACUUUCAAAUUUGGCCAGCCUGCUGAGUGCCACACACUAACGACACACCACAGGCACACACACACACAAAAAAAACACUCAUCUCCAUCACUGUGGUGGGCUGAUUUCCUUAUCGCAGCACUGGGCUAGGUGGAGAGGUAAUGUCUCACUGCAGUGCUGUGAUAGGAUUGUUGCAGAGGUUUAAACUCCUUUAUGCAAGUUACUGGCGAAAGCAAUCUAUUAAAUUGCAUAUGGGGGAGGGGGAAGAGGCUGCAGUGCCAAAAAUGGCUAGUGGGGGAGAAGCCCAUCUACCUGGCUGUGGUGCGUGUAAGAUUUCUCUGGAGGUGCACCCUUUCCUUCCCUCCCACCUGUUCAUGGCAACAAACUCUCCAUUAACAUGUAGGAAUUGGGUUGGGGGCUGAUCUAGCCUGUGGGGUCCCCCCUCAGCUCUACAGCAGGGGAAUGGAUAAGCUGCUCUUUUGCAGCAGCGUCAUACAGGAGCUAGAAGCGGUAUCUCACCAACUUCUGGCAAUCACCUUUGGCAAUCAAACAAAUGUCAGGCAUGUUUGCAUGCCAAUCGUUUUAAUCAUACCUUGUUGAUUAUCUACCCAUUACUGAACAAUGGAAUGAUUGCACGAAAGGAAAUCUGUGAGAAUAAAAGUGCUGAAGUAUUUAUAACCCACUUGAAGGGCACAACCCAGCAAAGCGCAUGCUUAACUCUCUUCUGUUGAAACUAAUGGAACUUUGAAAAGUGCUUAACUUUGGCUGGGUGAUGCCCUUCAAGUGUGUGGUUUUCUUUUCAAAAAUCCCAACAUUUUUAUUUAUGCUGUAAUACCCAAGCUAGUCCAGCUAACAAAUGUCAUGCUACUGGGAAACAGAAAAUGCUUACAAAGGAUGCUGAUGUUUUUUAGGGACUCAUCUGUUCAGUACGGUAAGGGGCACCGGUUAUGUUCAGUGGAAGUCUGGGCAUCAUAUUGUGAUGUUCUGGGAGAUGGGACAUUCUGUUCAACCAAGGAGGAACCGCUAGCUCCACUGAUUGAUCACCUAGUCACUUGUAACAAAAGGCAUAUGCACACAAUUGAGAUCAAGCCAUUAGCUUUCAGUGAUUCAGAGCUUGGUAUAAAUGCAUCCUUAUUGCACUAUGUCCGCACAGCAACUCCGUGAAAUGGCUAGUUCUGAGAAGUUGUGAUUAGCUCAAAAUAGCUUGUGAAUUUUACAGUUACAUGGGGGGAUUUCAAUGCAAGAUUCUCGCUUUUGGCUUCUUGUUGCCGCCCUGACACUUGUUUGGUCUGCAUUUUAGCCAAUUGGGCACAAAUCACACUUCCUGGACUAAAAGGUAGAUUGGACUGCUGUCAUCCUUGGUUUCGCACUUCUCGGAAUUUUUUAAGAUAGUUCUCUGCUCAAAAAGCAUAAAAAUGCCUAUUUUGUUAGACUAUGUAUACAAUGCAUAAAAAACUGCAAGUAAAUGUGUACUACAA